CAGAUUAUUCAGUGAAGUGUAGUUAGAGCACAAAAUGUUCUACCUCAAUAUGUUUCAAUGUAUUGGUUGAGUUUAUAAAACAUUAUAAGCAUCAAUAGCCUAUCAUUAAAUAGCAGCUUUCAACUCAACUAUAUUAAUCACCAAUAUUUGGAUAACGAUGGCAUCGAGAGGUCCCGGAUUGUAUGAGUUCCUAAUUGAAGCUGAACUACAGCAGUACUAUGCUUGUUUGAAAAAUGAUUUAAAGGUUCAAAAUGCAUCUCAACUUAAAUAUGUGUCAGAUGAAGACCUCAAUCAAAUGGGAAUGUCGCGGCCCGAGAUGCGUCGACUUAAAAAAUACUUCCAGAAGCAUUUUCCACAGAACUACAUUUCGAAAUUCAAAAAGAUGAUAUUGUCGAAGAAAGAAGAGCAGCUGGAGUCGAUGUUGUCAAUGUUGCCGGAAGAGGGUGUGGAGCGUCCGCCGGUGCGGGUGCCCAACAAGCACAUCAUCCCCGCCGAGGCCAUCCUCGUCAACAAGGAGCUCGGCACUGGAGAAUUUGGCAUAGUGCAGCAGGGUGUCUGGACCAAUGAUGGCCAUCGGAUUCAAGUGGCAAUCAAAUGCCUGAGCAGAGAAAGAAUGCAAAGCAAUCCAAUUGAGUUCCUGAAGGAAGCCGCUAUUAUGCACGGUAUUGAUCAUGAGCAUAUUGUCCGGUUAUAUGGUGUUGUACUGGACACCAACGCUCUCAUGUUGGUUACUGAGCUGGCUCCUCUGCGAUCGCUACUCGAGUGUCUGAAAGAGCCUUCGCUGCGUUCGAGCUUCCCAGUCUUGUCGCUCUGCGACUUUGCCAUUCAAAUCUGCGACGGAAUGCAAUACCUUGAAACCAAAAGACUGAUCCAUAGGGAUUUGGCUGCUAGGAAUAUUCUUGUCUUCUCUAAAAAUAAAGUCAAGAUAUCGGAUUUCGGUUUAUCAAGAGCCUUGGGUGUUGGAAAAGACUAUUAUCAGACAAAUUUCAAUGUCAACCUGAAAUUGCCAAUUGCAUGGUGUGCACCCGAGUGCAUUAGCUACCUGAGGUUUACAUCAGCGUCGGACGUGUGGGCAUACGGAGUGACUCUGUGGGAGAUGUUCAGCUACGGAUUCCAGCCUUGGGCCGCUCUUACGGGUCAUCAAAUCUUGGAGGCCAUUGAUGAGCCCAAUUUCCAGCGUUUAGAACAACCUGAAUGCUGCCCGAAGGAAUAUUUCAAUUUGAUGCUGAAGUGUUGGCAGCAUGAUCCCAACAAGCGCCCUCGUUUUGCCGAUCUCAUAUCUCUACUUCCUGAAUGCAAACCUGAACAAGUACAAGCAGUUCAAGAAGGCGGUGGCAUGGGUGAAGAACGCCUCAAGAGAGAUCAAUUGGUUUACAGAGCCUCUGAUAUAAUUACAGUUCUUGACAAGAGUCCUCCGAACGCAAUAGGAAACUGUUGGAAAGGUGUGCUUAACAAUGGAAAAACAGGAUUGUUCAACCCGGCAAAUACCAUUGCUUAUUUAGGAUCAAACUUGCCUUCUAAUAAGCCUGGAGAAUUUGUGCGUUCAGAUGGGAAAACGAAUACGAUCUACUCGAGUAGACGCAGCCGGCUGCGGCCAGACAUGAUCUCGUGUCCGCAGGGCGACUUCAAGCACACCAGUCACGUGGGUCUCGACGGCGCCUACUUCGGUGACAUCUCCUUCCUUGGAGGAUCCAAGUAUAAUCACAUACCACAUCAAGUAGUGACCCCUUACAAGCCACAUGAAGAUAAUGUUGAUAGAUCGUGUUCAGAUAAAGUGCCUCUUCUCACAACUAGUGAACAUUCUUCGAGUAAUGGAGCAGUCUGGAAUGGUGACCCCGACCCAAUACCUCCCACAAAACUGCUAACAGACCAUGAGUAUCAUGAAAUAUCGGACGAAGAAAAUGUUACUGAGAGUCCUAGAUUUGAGAAAACAUUCGAUUUUGGACCGAGUUUGUUGGAUGAAAUGGAUGCGAUGUUCAAGUCGCUGGACUCUCCCUCCCCGUCGCGCCCGCCCCCCUCCCCCCUCGACGACACCGUCAACAAGCGCAAUGAGCUGCGCGAAAUGGCCGCCGCCAACAACCGCAAAAAGCAGGCCACUGUGAAGCCGAUAUCGGCGGCCGACGAACGAACCCUGGACACGGCGAUCGCAAUGGCAAACGAGCUGGCAGCGCGAUCCAUGGACAACCAACUGGCUAAGGGCAACCUCCCCUCUCCCUCCCCCGCCUCACCCACCAAGCGCAAGUUCUCCUUCCACUUCCCCUCCAGCUCCUCCUCCACCUCCGCCUCCGCCGCAGCAGCCGCCUCUGCCAAGACACAUCGGCCCCAAGGCAAGACCUUCACUGAUGAGGCCGCCUCCCGGCCUGACAUACAGGGUUGCCUGAGCGAGGAGGCCAAAGAGGUGUACAACAGUCUGAUCGCACAGCCAGUGGUGUCCUCGAUGGCGGACACCAAUCCACUGCGCAUGCUGCGAUCUGUGCCGUUCGUGCGACCAAGAGUGCGCGGAAACAAGCACGCCUCUUCCUCUCUCCAACAUCAGUCCAGUUUCAGUGGUAGCAGUACUCUUCCUUCAAAAUGUUCUGAUACGUUGAGUCUGCAAAAAACAGUCUCUGGACCUGCUCUACUAUCUUCAGCCGAUGCCGUCGAUGAAUCGGACCAUGAAGGAAACGGCAACUCGAUUCCGCUGCCACCCAGGGACAGGUCGAAGACUCUGCCCGCGCAGAAGCCGCGCCACCAGCGCAAGCAUCCACUCAUCAUCCCGGGCAAUGCGGCGCGCGCCGUCUGCGCUAAACUCUCCGAUCCGCCCACUUCAGAACCAGUCUACCUUGGCCUUCAAGAAGAAGAACCCGAAGCUGAAGAAGAAGCUAGCCCUGAAAACCCGGAAGUUCCUAACGUACAAGAAGAAGCCACAGCCUGUGCUGAUGCUGCGAUGGCUGCAAACGUGGCUCAAACAGAGAAUUGUGAGAGUGGGGGGGACAGCACUUUCGACGACCGGCUAGCAGACGCACUGGACCGGCUGGAGGAGGAGGAGCAAGGAGAGGGGGGCCUGCCGCUGCGCGAACACGUGUCCUGUGAAGACCUGCUGGAGUUUGCGUGUGAUGCGCCCAACGCAAGUCGCACACGCGGCAAGGCACGCGGCAUCACCAGCGACGAAGUUCGCAUCAUGGGCAAAGUCCUCGGACCAAAGGUAAGCGAGGAGAGUCGACUGGCGGCACUGUACGCGACCGACUGGGACGUGCAUCGUGCGAUCAAGCUGUCACGACUGGACAUGCUGCUUCCGGCACAGGCCGCUGUCGACACGGCCACCCGACUGGCCGCUCUCGAGGAGAGUGCCUGGGAUGUCGCCAAGGCCGCUGGACGGCUGCUCGUCUCUCUCAAUCGACCUGCUCUCUCUGCCAACGGCGAAGGCGAGGUUACGCAAGUAUAACACCAUCUGUCUCAUCACUCACUGUCUUUCAUCCAACCAAUCAUCUAAGUUCUACAAAUGUUUCUAUCAUCUGCUAUUUACAUUACAUGUAAACAACGACGUUUAUCUAUAGAAUAUAUUCUAAAAGCCUCCAUGCCAUAUACAAAACGUAAAAACGAGUUCAAUCUAUAGAAUCACCGGGUGUCAUUCGUAAGUGCGAUAUCUCAAAAGUGCGAGUAUUUCAACUUUUUGUUGUUUGUAUUUAUUAUAUAUAAAAUUAUCAACACAUUUCCAAAGAUAUUAACAUAUCGCCAUUUAAAAGCCAAAACCUAACCUUCCCAACCUUUCCUCUUACAUUUUAAACCAUAUUGAACAGAACCUUUUAGGUUAUGUUCAUACACUGGACAAAUUGAAACUCGCAGUCCUGAGGCCCACCCGAAUCACUGUUGAAACCUUGUUGUAUUGGAUUCGAUUGGAGCUCUAAUGUAACCAGUGUCUUAUACGCAAUGUUCUAAUUACAUAAAAUAUAUGUUUGUUUGAAAUGUAAGUUCAGCAUACAUCCUAAAUUCAGCAGCAUCAUCCUUAUGCCAAAUUAUCUUGAAAUUUCGCACUCUCUAAUACUGUAGGUGAAUGUUAAGUUAAUUUUUAUGCCUUUAUAUUGAGGCUUGAAAAUUGAAAUUCGAAUAGGUAAGCAUAAAUACAUAAUACAUACCAGCAGCAGCCCAUACAUCACAUUACUGCCAUUACUCACAACUAACAUUAUUGUUUCGAGUGAGAGUUUUUGUGCUGCUUCUCAAUUAUAAUUUUAUGAAAAUGUGUUGAAUUAUAAUUGAUAAACAAAUAACGUUGUUCAAGUUACUUAUUCGGAUUAUACAGAGCUCUUGUCCACUGUAGGAUAACUUCAGUAUUAUUUCAACUGGCAUAAGUAAGAGAUUCAAUACAUUCAGUAUUCUAAUACAUUUAAUAUUGGACCACUUUUCUCAUUUGUGUGUAUACUGGAUUGAACUAUCGGAAUAAACUGCCUUCAAUCGUAUGGAAAUUCUCAUUAUCUGUUGAAUACAGUUUAUACAAUUUCAAAAAGAGCUUCGUUAUACACUUUUGAUGCCCCGAAAACAUUCUCUGAACUAUUCAUGUAUGUAUGCUUCUUAUGUCAUAAAAAUAUACUUUCAUGUCCAGCUAUGAAAGUUAUAUCUGUCUUCUAAGUGCAAUUCUCUCUUUUCUCUUCAUUGUAAUAGCUUUUGUAAGAAGUUUUAAUGUAUAUACGUAUAGUUUAUAUUUUUUAAGAAUAUUUACAUUUUUUUAAUUAGUAUUAAUUUUCUGGGUUUUAGUUUCUAUUAUUUUUAUAAUCUAUACUGACAACUUUAAAAGUUGUAUCCCUUCAAAUUCAAUAGAGGAAUUUAUCCUACGAAUAAAGAUUAUUAGAUUUAUUCAUCAACUCAAAGUUGAAAUAAAUGAAAUAUGGAAACAGUAUUACAAAUAAAUUUUGUAAUAAAUGUAAACUGAUUUGAAUAACCAAAGUAGAGUUGUUUUUAAGUUUUUCAUAAAUGUAUUUUUAAAUAGCUGAAAUUUCAGUGAUUACAUUUCUCAAUUAUUUGUAUGUUGAAAGCAAUCUGAAAUAUAAAUGAAUGUGUUAUAGUAAAGUUAUUUCAAUCAUAAAUUCAAUCACUAUUCUCAAGAAGAUAUACAUUUUUUAAAAUCACUAUAAUAAUUGUAUUUGGCUUGCAUGUUCUCCAUUGAAAUAAUGUUAUCAUUUAACUAACUGCUGGAGUAAAGAAUGCAUUUUUAAUGCUUAUAUGUGUCCAUGAUAUAAUAAAUAUUCACUAACAAAGUUCACUGUUAUUUAAAUUUAACAUGCAACUUUCUAAAGAAUUUUUUAUAAAAAUAUUUACUUAUCAGCUUAAUAGACUACAUUUUUGAAUAGUUAAAUUACUGAUAUGCAAAAGUAAUUUUCUUGGCCAAAAUUUUUAAAUCUGUGAUAUCUCCAUAACAGUGGCCAGAUUUAGCCUUAAGGAUUUGUAAAAAGUGUAUUUGUAAUGGUGAGCUUUUUUCAAAACAUAUUUGUGAUAUAUGUAAUAUUCAAUUCAAGUCAUUAAUGUUUUGUCAACUAUUAUUGUAAAUUUCAUUUUUAUCGCAAUUAACAAACUAAUGUGACCUGACAUUUCUAAUAGAAUCUUGAUAAGAUUUUUCAGGAGAGAGAUCACAAUUAAUAUUAUCAGUGCCUCCUCAAACAAAGUUGAGUUAAUUUCGUUGAUUUCAUAAAUAAAAAUCAUCACUAAAGCUGAAAUGCUUACGUCCAAACUCUACUAACAAGGUAUAAUCAAUCUAGUCAUGCAUAUAUAUAGAUGCAUUAUUUAUGUAUUCGAUUUGAAGAGCUUUUUAUAUAUUUUUUAAAUGGUGCCAAAUUUCAAACGAAUUUUCAGUAACUUUUUCAAGCAAUAAAUCACUUCAUAAUUGGAAAAACCAAAUGUGCCACUCAUGAUAAUGAAUUUCAUUACUAUUAUUAGGAACUGAUAGGUCAUUUUUGAACAAGCAUGUCUAUGAAUUCAUGAAUUAAUUCUGAAACCUCAGAAAUAAAAUUAUAAUUCACUCCAUGCCACUUGGUAUUGGUUUGUAAAGAAUUUCAAUUUCGUUGUCUAGAUGCUGGAUUAGAUUAUCGGCAAUUUCUGAUGAAUCGUUGUUCUUUGAAUACUAGCGCGAUAGUUACUACUGAAUUACUAAAUAUAUUCAAUGCUUUCACAUUCUACAUUGAAUUUCUCUUGGGCUCUCAUAGAUCAUAAAAAUAGAACUACAAAAAUUAAACAUGUAGGUUGCGAAUUAUUAGUCAUCAGGAAAUAGUUCAAUAAAUACAUUUAUCAUCAACAAUUUCUAUAGUCGUGUUAUUACUAACUCCAAUUAUAAUUACGUAUAAUUGUAUUUUGUGUGUAUUUGUGUGUUUUAUCCAAAACUUCAUAUUCAAAGUUUUUUUGUAUUUUUCUGGGCUUCUUUAUACAAAAAGUAUUUUAUAAUCAACACUAGAGAAAGAUAGAUCUUGGAUAAUUUAAAAAGAAAACAUUAUGAAAGUUAUCAACGUGUAAAAUGUACAUUCAUUCGAUUCUAUCAUUAGUCGUCGUGCCUUGAGAAGAAUUUUAUGUUGUAAACAUGACAUUUGAAGCUUUGAAAAAACGCUUUGUGAAGCUAUGUCAUCAACUUGACAUGGUAGGGUUGAGUUCAUUAAACCCUAUUCCAUGAUUGACUUAUACAGUAUUGUUGAAUAACUGUUAAUUUUUCAAAUCUUCAUUUUGUACUUCACUUACAAAUUUUUCCAGUUCUCAAGUGCCAUGGUUUGAUUAUCAGCCAAUUUUUUAUUAUGAAUUUCUAUAUUCUGAGAACUUUUAUAUUCGGAUUAAAAAAUGGGAAAAUAACUUUUGUAAUUUAAUAAACAUAAUAUCGAAUGUCAAUUUCAUUAUAAUAUUAAUAGCCUAUCAUUUGUAUUUGCCAUAGAUUUUGUAAAUGAUGCUUAAACUUUUUUGUAAGCUCGAAUCAUUUCCAUCCAGAAUCUCCGUACAAGUAUUUUUUAAACAUUCUAUUGCAUAAACAUUUCUAAGUAAUAAUACAACUUAUUAAUACUACAUUAUUAGCUUACAUCAUAAUAUGCUACCCAUAGCUCUCUUGUGUUAAACCAAAGCAUUUGCUUUUUCAUUAUAAGAUAGAAGACUUGAAUUAGCCUUAAUCAUUGAUUUAUACACCGCCUGAAUUGCUUGUUAGUAUUUUAUUCAGGCAACACAAUAAAAUAAUGGGAAAAAUUUGUAUUCGACAUUUUUAACAACUAUAAGAACUAUUAAUGACUUCAUCAAAGACUGAUAAUGCUAUGUGCAUUUCUUUUAAAUAUUGCAUUUAUUUAAAUAGUCCUCAUUUUUGGAAAAUAUUAAUUUUAUUUGAAAUAGUUUAUAAGAAAAUUGACGUGUUGUGAAACGCCUUUAUUCUAGCAAUGAUUAUUAAAAUUACAUAGUAAGCUGAUAUUCCUAUUUUUCAAAUACAAAAUGGAUUAAUUAAGUUAGGCUAACCUUUAAUGAAAGGUUAGCAUCCCAAUUCAUAGUUCAUAGAUUGAUUGUACUGUAUAUUGUAUUAAUCAUUAUUUAAACUAUUAUUUAUUGUUUCCGAAGAUUAAAAAUAUAUUUAUUUCUCUCAGAUACUAUCGCUUAUUGUCAUUCAUUACAAUUUUUGAAAAUAUAUUUAUAUAUGUAUUCUAUUUAUCUUUUUAAAGGGUUGUCGUGUAUUUAUUUAUUUUACUGUAAAUAAAGAAGUGUACUUUGAGA